UGUCUUUCAUCUUCGAGAAUUCAUGGAGCUUUAAGCUUCUAGCCUACUAGCAUUCGCUUUUCUCACUUCUCAUGGCGUCAGCGUCAGGCUCCGACGACGAUGAGUUCGUUAUUCUCGUAUGCACCGAUCCUACUAAUGAGAUCGAAGGUGAUAUCUCCAAUGAAGAAAUUGUUAUUUCCACUACUGAUAUCUUCCGCUGGGAUUUCCCUUCAACUCUCUCCUUCCGAACAUUCAAAAUCCGAGCUCAUCGCAAUAGGCUUAUUGAAGAAUCUUCGUACUUCCGUGGCCUCCUCGGUGGAAGCUUCAGUGAGUCAUGCUUGGACUGUAUUUCAAUCCAGUGGCAUUUGGAAACGUUUUUGAAUGUUGUUAAAUGUAUGUUUCACUGCCCUUUAGACAUCACUUCUAAGAAUUUCAUCCCACUUUUCCAGGCUGCACUUUACUUCGGAGUGGAGAUACUUCUCUUGCAGCUGAAAUCUUGGUUUUCUGAGGUGUCUGUGUCCAAGGAUCCGGGGCUGUUUCAAAUACAAUUGGAUGAUCUGAUUGAUAUAUGGAAUUUUGGUUUAGAGCAUGCUAAUGGUUUUGUUCAAGAAUUAUGUGCAAGCUACUUUGCAAGAAAUUUUAUGUGGGCUAUGUCUAGUAAAUUUUUUGAAGAUGUGCCCUAUGAUUUAUUGUUACUUUGCAUAAAGCAUCCUCAUUUGACAGUAGACAGUGAGAAGCACCUUUCUGAUGCACUAUUAAUUUGGCUUGAUUCUAAUAUAGAACGGUUGCAAAGAUCAAAUAAAACAGAAUGUGGAUUCUCUGACAUUUUAAAACAGAUCCGAAUUAGCCUUUUACCAUUAUGGUUUGCUGCAGGGAAAAGAAGUUCCAGCAGUUUUUCUGAGCUUGCGAAUGAGAGUGUUGACUCAAUUUUUAGACUAACGCAAGUUACACCCAUAGGACCAAUAAAUGGUUUAAGAGACGGUGACUUGAGUCAUCUUAGGAUUCGAUUGACAGAGUAUUCCAAGAGAGUGGAUCUUUCUGGUUGUCUGCAGAUAACAACAAUGAUUCUGCUCCUCUCUCUUCUUCCUAAUACCCAUAGUGUGGGUUCGGCAUUGAGAAAAAGUAUCGAAGAGUCUAUAAGUAACCUUGAACAGGCUGAUGGAAGUAAAUAUCAAAUCCCUCAGGGAUUGCUGCCAACUUUGUCUUUUGAAGCAGUACAAGAGGUGGAUAUAUCAGGUUGUCUGAAGCUACAUCUUGAAGCUGCAAUUGAGUGCUUUUCCAAGUCAUUUCCAUCUUUAAGAAAGGUGAAAGCUGCUUAUCUUUUGAACUUCAAGACAACCACUUUGUAUAGGUUGGUUCAGAAGUGUUCUCUGGUCUCUGAAGUAGAUAUAACCGUUGACAUGGAUCCACUUAUUUCAUCACAAGUGUCAGUUAUAUCCUCAAGUUCAGCCGUAAUUUCAUUGGCACAAAACAGGCCAUAUACUGUUGGUGACAGCUCUUCUGUAACAUCUCUUUAUCAUUUGGGACAUUCACUAUCAAAUAUCACAAAGCUGACAUUGGAGGGGAGAAGCGAUGUCUGUGAUUCGGACAUCCAGUAUAUCGCAAAAUUCUGUGUCUCCUUAUGUUAUUUGAAUCUUAAAGGGUGUAUCUCAUUGACAGAUGUCUGUAUAGCAAAUCUUAUCCGCAGAUGUACAAAGCUACACUCAAUUGUAGUUUGUCAUACUUCUUUUGGAAUGAAUUCAAUUCUAGCUCUUUGCACUGCUAGUUCUAUUUUGAGUAAUUCUCCGACUGCACAGUUUGGAAAGAAGCAUUUGGAUUCGUUGGCAGCUAAUCUUCAAUUACUGCACAUGGGUGGCUGCAAGUGUGCUGAUGAAGCAUCUUUACAAGAGCUUUUGUCUCAAACACAAAUGCUGAAGAGUCUUUGCUUGGGGGACACAAACCUUGUUGAUGAUGCUCUUUGUAACUUCUCAGGUUCUUUCCUGGAGAUGCUUGACAUUUCUAAUACAAUGAUUUCUACUGCUGCUUUAAAUCUGGUUGUCCGCAAAAAUCCUGGCCUAAAGUGUUUGAAUGCAAGAGGCUGUAAAAAUUUGUUUCAGCCAGAAAAUACAACAAAAGUGGCAAAGUUUUCUUCCCCAUAUACAUGUGAGGAACUCUUUAUUGAGCUUGGCAAGACAUGCAGAUUGGAAGAAAUUGCGCUAGGAUGGGGGUUUUCUUACUUUUCUCUACAAGGUCUAAAACCUGCGAUUUUGUCAUUGAGGGCAAUGACUGUGGGUUUGGGUGGAUCAUUACCUGAAGAUGCACUGAGAUUACUACCCACCACAUGUCCUAUGCUGGAGUCAUUAGUUCUUUAUUUUCAGGUAAUAUCUGACUGCAUCAUAAUCAACAUAAUGAAAUCCUUGAGGCAAUUGCAAACAUUGGCUUUUUGCUACUGUCUAGGUGAUAUAUCCAUAUCAAGCUUCAAAUUGUCGAUGCCAAAUCUGAGGAAAUUGAGGCUUGAAAGGGUAACUCCUUGGCUGACUAAUAAUGAUUUGGUUCUUCUGACUCAGAACUUUGCAAACUUGGUUGAGCUUGCAUUGUUAGGAUGCAAACUUCUUAAUUCAGAAGCUCAAUGCAUCAUCUCAAGCGGAUGGCCAGGCUUGAUAGCUAUUCAUCUUGAGGACUGUGGAGAAGUGACCAGAAGUGGUGUUUGUUCUCUUUUCAACUGCACUGCACUUGAAGAUCUCUUGCUGCGGCAUAAUGGCCCUGGGAUACAAAGGAACUUCAUUCUUGAUGCUGCUUCGAAGAUGCCAAUGCUUCGGCAAGUAUCACUAGACUUGUGUGAUGCAAGUGAAGGUGAUUUUGACCUUCCAGAUGAUGCAGACAGGUAUUGUUUAAGAAGUGUGAAGAUAGCGAGAUGCAACUCUCAAAGAUGCAAUGUAGGCCCCUACUUUGCAGAGGCUCAUAGAAAGCCAGUGCAUAGGGAGACAUUAGUUCUGGUAUGGAACAGCAGAAAUGUUUUUAGAACAGUCGUGAAGGAAAGACUUUAGCCUUUGGCUUCUUGCUAUUAGACUUGUAUAAAAUUUGCUUUUAUUCUGGUUGACUUUAUUGAUUCUAUGUUGCUUUUCUUGAACAAUGUGGAGUUGUGUCUGUAAUUAUUUCUUGUGCCCUGGAAACAUUAGCCUGGCUGGGAAGGAGAAUGUUUGAGCUAAUGUAAGCUUAUGCUAUGAGAAACAUUUUGCUUGCUAAUAA